CGCGGGUCAAUUGGCGGAAACUCCGACGGCGUAGAAUCUCGCGGAUGGACAUUUUUUCCGGUUCGUCGUUCGACGCAACCCCCGAAGGUAGGCUGCGCGGACUGCGCAGGUAGUUCCUGCAGUUUGGGCCGACGCGACGAGAGGUGUCGAGUCCGUCGAGGCGCGCCGUUGGAAGCUCGGGUUACAUAACCUCAAAUUGCGUCCGCAGUCCGCGCCGCUGCAGCGGCCUCCUCCCAUUUUGUCGCGCGUCUGUGGUACGUAUUUACACAUCGCCGCCCAUAUUCGUGCCGACGCACACGUGGACGGGGCACCGGCCACCGAGGAAUCGCACGUAUCAUUCGAGAACAAACGGUAACGUCGCCACUGUGACGGAAAACUACGGCGAGCGGCGAGGCUUCCUUCGCUCCGUUCGAGGGCUCGACGUCGGUCGGCGCGUGGCGUCCCUGACGCCGUUUGCUGCCUCCUUCCUGGUCCUGCGGCAUCCAAGGGAGAGGCAAGCCGAGAGCCGACGGAGGACUCGCUAUGCGAUAUCCGGGUGUCGAGGGGUCGACGUCGGGGCGGUAAGCAUCUUCAAGGACGCCGAGCCGGUCACGCCGGCCGACCGGCGACGCCGAGAUGGACGACGGACCGGAGUUCAAAUUGGAGCGCGCCGAGUCGCUUGCCUCCGAAGUCGACUUCAGGGACGUUCCCGGACUCAGGAUGACCCUCGGCAGCGACGACUUGAAACCGAAGCCUCUCUGUCGGGGUGACAUGAAAUUCUUCCCAGGGGCGAAGAUCGAGGCCAAGGACUUCAGCGAGAAGUGGUAUUCCGCUAGAGUUGUGGAAACGGACUGGGUUGAACGAGAAGUAUUAAUACACUUCGACAAGUGGAGCUCUAGGUUUGACGAAUGGAUUCCUAUGGAUAGUUCCAGAUUACGAAUUCUGCAAACUCAGUCAAGGGAGUCAAAGGGGAGAGAUUUUGCCGUUGGUGAGAAAAUCCUGGCAACAUGGGCCGAUGGGAGAAAAUAUCCAGCCAAAGUGAAUUCAGUUUUGGGUAAUGACAGGUACGACGUCUUGUUCGACGAUGGAUACGCUAAGAUCAUCAGGUCCUCGAAGAUGACCAAACUCUCGGAAGCAUCGGCAAAGCCAAUCGUUAGUGAAGAUUAUAUCGGAAGCAAGCAAGAACGAAGGGAUAGGAAGAGAAAACAUUCGGUGAUGGAGCUGUUUCAAACUCAUGUCAGGAGACGAUCAAAGCCAGACGCUGAUGGAGUGUCAAAGAAAUAUGAGCAACGAGUGCCUGGCGUCGAUGGCCUAGAUAUUGACCUUGAAGAUACUGUUCUUGGAACUAGAUACGAUUCUGGUCCGGAAGGAGUUCGAGCUUUUGAAAAUAUUAAAGCAAGAGCGAAGGUGUAUCCAAAGAAGAGGAAGAAGGAGAAUUCCAAAACUGAAACCGACAAUGAGGAGGAUGUUGGACCUGAAUGGAUCGAUGGGGAACCUAAAGGGACUGAGUCCUAUAUUGUUGAUGGGAACGAUGGUCCUCGCCGUUCUAUAAUAGUACCUGAUAAGAGAUUACCUCCUGGUUGGCAGAAACAUUUUACUCAGCGAAGGACUGGUACCUCGGCUGGAAAAUGGGAUGUGCUCUUUAUUCACAAAUCAAGCGGCAAGAAGUUCAGGUCGAGAAACGACAUUAGAGCCUUUAUGGAACAUCAAGGGAAUUUCGACUUUGAACCCGAGAAAUUUGAUUUUUGUAUUCAUCGGAAGAAGGGAGGAAAAGGUACAAGACUUAGGCAUGAAGUUACCGUGGAUGCUCCAAAGAAAAUCAAGACUUUGUUGCCAAAAACAAAGCUUGCAUCUCCAGUUUCGGAAAAUUCAAUCCCAGGGACUCCGAGUCCAGCAAUUGGUCGAACGGCGUCGGAGGGAAACGUUGAUUCUGCUGGGGUGUUCAUCGGCGGACUUCGCGUAGAGAUGGAAGACAGUUGUUACAAGUGUCCCAAGGAAGGGUGUACCAAGAACUUCCGCAAGGAGAACCUCCUUCAAAUGCACAUUAAACAUUAUCACCCGGAGUAUUCCAAGUUCCUGGGGUCUACUCCUAACGUUGCCGAUCUAGCGUAUGCCAGAACCAUCGGGGAAUCUAUCGGUGAUAUCGUUCCUAAGAAGCCCAGCAACUUCCUGGAGAAGAUCAACCAGUUUGAAAAGAAAAAGGCGGCCCAGGAGAAACAGCAUUCGCCGGCGCCAGCGGUAGACUUGGAAACUACUCGGAUCGAAAAGCAUGUCAGUGAACCGGAAGAUGACUCCAAGACAAAGUUUUCAUCUCCAGCCUCGAGUCGAAGCAUCGACGAGGAGGAACCUGCUGGAAGGCUGCGGGAGAACAACUGUGCAAUGUCCCCAGGGACGCUGUUCGACAUGAGAACCAAGGAAGAUAAACCUCCUGGUGGAAUCAAGACUUUAUUACCAGUUAGACCUGCGACCUUGGAGACUCCGAAGACGGAUGGACCCAAGUUCUCCGAAGAGACGAACACCUAUUCGGAGAAGGGCAAAGCCUUGAGGAAACGACAGUCCUCGGACCAUUCCUCCGACGUUACAAAGAGUAAGAGGAGACAAGGUGCAACAGACUCGGCGGAAGAUCGCCCGGAUGCUGAUGCCCUUGCGGUAGAUGUCGAGGUGCCAGCUGUUUCGUCUUACAGAUUCAGUAGGAGGAAGUCCGAUCCAAAGAGUGAUGAAAACAGCCAGAGCAGUCAGCUAAACGAUUCUCAUCUUGAGAAAGGUGACGCCCCGAAAGGGGAUUCUACCAAAAGAGAUAGUAAUAAUGAUGACGAAGAAAGCGACGGCGUCAGGAUGAUGAUGAUAAACGGCGAGAUGGUGAAGGUCGAGCAACUGCGAAGGGAGGAGAUUAUUAAUUGCACCUGCGGAUUUAUGGAAGAGGAUGGUCUGAUGAUUCAGUGCGAUCUCUGUUUAUGCUGGCAACACGGACAUUGCAAUGCCAUCGAAAGGGAGAAAGACGUUCCGGAGAAGUAUGUCUGCUACAUAUGCCGACACCCUUAUCGGCAGAGACAUUCGAAAAAAUAUUUCCACGAUCAGGACUGGAUUAAAGAAGGGAAAUUACCGAGCUUGCCUAAUCGAACCAAGAACGAAAGCCUUAUCGGUCGAAGGGCUGCCAUGUUGAAAAGAUCUUACGACUUGGUGGCGGCCUUACUUCAGAUCCGACAGAUACUUCAUGGUCUUCGACUGAAAAUCAACGUGGCCCAAAGGAAGGACCACCCGAAACUCUAUCUUUGGGCUAAAAACUGGGAAAAGGAGGAAGUGCCGAAGCCGCAGACCGAGCCUGUGCCGGUGAUGAAGACCGUUAAGGCUCCUUCGGAUCCCGUCGACCCUCCUUCGGAGUCGUCGAACAGUAACGAAAGCAAAACGGUCCUUAAGAAGGUAGUUCAGCAAGACCCCGACGCGAACUCGAUCGCCUCGGACUCCGAAUUGAUGAAAAUCUUGGAAGAGGAUAGCGCCCAGUCCGAGGAGACGAAGCCUAAGAAGGAAGAUUGCUCCGUGGAUGGCCAAAUUUUAUUAGGCGCGUUAACGAGAAGCGAUCUUGCCGGCAAGAAGCUAUUGCACGACGUUAAAAUCGAGAGUAACGAAUCAACCGAAGACCAACCUCUUACGAGUGACGCUCUCGGGGAUGAUCUUAUGCCUACCGUGUCUACUAAAUUGGAAGGCAACGGAGAGGGGAGUCCGAGUCUAUCAGACGUUUGUGAACCUAAAAGUAUCCUUCUGCCACCUAUCGUACCCGAACCCGAGGCACCGAUCGAUCCCUCGGAAUGUCGUUUAAGAUUGCUCGAGCACAUCGAACACUUCCAAAACCAUAUUGACUCGAGAUUGACCACUAUCGAGGCACAAAUGGACGCAUUAGAGGCAAUGGAUCCGGAUCACCUGUCGUUGAAUUUGGACGUGCAACCAAGAACUAAGCAAACGGUUCAGAUGUUGCUCAAGGAUUUGAAUACGGUUCGAAGGUUGGCUGCGCUAUGUUGAACAAUCCAAAUGACAUUUAACGGAUUAGAAGUCGAGAUAUUUUUUUUUUUUAAUGGAACAUCUUCCCGGGACGCACCUGGGGUGUCAUUGGCAGUUUUAAAUAGAGAUUUAAGCAAGGCUAUUGCACUUAGUGCGUCGUUAACUUCGACUGGGUACAUGCGGCAAAGCAUGGUGUAAAAUAGUGAAACUUAGCGUAAGGGUAUGUAAAAAAUGAAGGCAUCGUUCAUUAGCCUCCGACUGUCCGAUGUAAAGUCGGAAUGAAUUUGUAGAGACAGAAAUUUACCGUCUAAUAGAGAAAUAGCUGAGAAGCGGCACUCGCCAACGGAAUCUAUUUUUACGCCGAAGAUGUAACGUAUAAUUAGAUCUUCACCAUACAUCUUGUAAUAUGUAAGUAUAACCCGUGAAAUGUAAUAUAAUAGCAGAAUAGUAGAAGUUUAGGAAACCGCGCCAUGUCAGUUUAAAAUAAAUGUAAGUUUUCUUUAA